CCUGCACAUAUCAAAACAUUGUAGGAGUGGAGUCCUACAGGCUGCAGUGCAGUUAGACCCCAUUUAAACACAUUCCUGUGACCUGCCUUAGAUGCACACUCCAGUUCAGUGUCAACAUAAGUCCCAGACCAUGUUGUACAGUCUACUGAUAUCAUAGAUUUGAGGGGCAGAGUAGCCAUUACUACUAAACAACCAUAGCAGGCAGAUAUCCGGAGUUAGUAAAAGGAACAUGUUUGUUUUAGGAGAGGUGAACUCUGCACUUUCACUGGUGUGUGCGUUUCUUUCUGCUUGAAUCCCUCGGCUAAACCAUAAUCCUAACUGUUUGUUCUGAAAUGGCAUUAUGUUUUGCUUGUCCUCAACAUUACAUUGUCCCUCUUUUUGUUUGUCCUCCACCGCGCUGGCCGUGGUGUCGCCUCUGGCCGGCAGAGAGCGCUGCUUCGCUGACAGCCUGACCCCAGUAUAUAAAACAAAAACAAAAAAAAGUUUGUUCUGCGUUGUUUUUACGCAGGCGCAAAGCAUGCUGUUUGUCCAGUUUCUCUGGUUGACUUACCUGUGAGGUGGAGCAGCUUCGGUUCUUCGUGAGAGGAUUAAAUAAUAUCGACCACGGGUUUGGGUAAGCGCGUCCCGGGAGACUGUAACCUCAUUCCUCGGUAUAUGAGACUAUAGGGACGCCCGCUGCGGAGCUGCUCGAGAUUUCUCCAGGAUUUCAGAAUCUGUGCAACAGCAGGUGCGCGAGCGAGGACAAACGGCGAGAGGAGACGACGGGUGAGGGGGUGCUUCCGUGAGUGAGUACACUAUUGAAACAGAAUAAAUUAUUGGGAAAUUCAACUGGUUGCUUUUUUAAUGCCAAAUUGUCGGGUCCUGCUUAAUUAUGCGGCUGGUGAUCCCCACGGCUGCCGAAUUUCAGGAUUCAGCGGCAGCCUGAAGCCUCCGUGCCUGCGGUGAGGGACUCUUCGCCCCGGGGUGGUGGCAGUGGGACAAACGCCACACACAUUGUUUCCGUGGAGUAAGCCUCCCCGUGGACACCGAACACGGUGCUCGCGCUGUGGGUAGAAUUAACAAUUGGAAAGAUGAUGGGCUUCCUACGCCGGACGUUCAGCCACCGCUCGCGCAGACGGUUUCAGACAUCGGACGAGUGGGACGGAAAAAAAAGAGGGGGAACCGCGAACCCCGCGCUCCUCGCGCACCAGCAGCAGGUCGUCCACGCGCCCGCGGUGGUGACCGGGGGAGCGGCCGUGCACAUCCCAGCGGCUGGGACCGAGAAGGAUGCAAUCACCUGCCGCGUGCUGCUGCUGGAUGGGUCGGACCUUAACGUGGAUAUACCAAAAAGGUCAAAGGGCCAGGAGCUGUUUGACCAGAUCAGGUAUCAUCUGGACCUGGUGGAGGCUGACUACUUUGGACUGCAGUUCAUGGACCCAGAACAAGUCUCACACUGGCUGGAUGUGUCCAAGCCCAUAAAGAAACAGAUCAGAGAUGGUCCUCCAUACAGACUGUUUUUCAGGGUGAAGUUCUACUCCUCAGAGCCCAAUAACCUACAUGAGGAGUUCACCAGGUACCUGUUUGUGCUGCAGCUUCGACAAGACAUUCUGUCCGGCAAGUUGAAGUGUCCAUAUGAUGUCUCAGUAGACCUGGGGGCCUACUGCUUACAGAGUGAACUGGGGGACUGUGACCCUCUAGAGCAUUCUCCUGAGCUGGUGUCAGAGUUUCGCUUCACACCCAAACAGAGUGAGACCAUGGAGGCAGACAUCUUUAACAAGUGGGUGGACCUAAGGGGUAAGGAUCCAUCCCAGGCAGAGACCAGCUUCCUCAACAAGUGUAAAUGGCUGGAGCUGUACGGAGUGGACAUGCACUUUGUCAAGGGAAGGGACGGAGCAGAGUAUGCUCUGGGUCUGACUCCCACUGGCAUCCUGGUGUUUGAGGGCUCCACCAAGAUAGGCCUCUUCUUCUGGCCCAAGAUCACCCGCCUGGAUUUCAAAAAAAGUCGACUCACCCUAGUGGUGACGGAGGACGAUGAUCAGGGGCGGGAGCAGGAGCACACAUUUGUGUUCCAGUUGGACAGUUCGAAGACGUGUAAACACUUGUGGAAAUGUGCUGUGGAGAGCCACGCCUUCUUCCGGCUGCGCCAGCCCACAGCUGGGAGGGCCUCCAGCAGUGACUUCACACGCCUUGGAUCACGUUUUAGGUUCAGUGGAAAGACUGAGUACCAGGCGACCCACGGAGGGAGGCUGAGGAGGGCCAGUACGUUUGAGAGGCGACCCAGCAAGAGAUACCCCUCCCUGACUUGGUUCUGCACUCACUCACUGGGGUGGCAAGGGUUCGUAUAUUCUCCCCAGUACACACUAUAG